AUGACCCGUUGGGAAACUUUAAUGGCACUAAGUGCCUCGCAGACUAAAGAGGCACAGAGCGCAGCCCAAACUGCAUUACUCGAGCGCCAACGAAACGAGGAAAUGAAACGGAAGAAGCAGGAAGAAUGUUUACGGAAGGAAAGAGAGGAACAAGAUAAACUACGCAAGAAACACUUCGAGGAGGAGAAGAAACAGCAGGAGUUGGAGGCGAAACGAGCGGCUGACUUGGCACGGCUGGGGGCGGAGGCAGCACGCCGAGAAGAGGAGGCUAGAAACGCAUUGCUAUAUGGACCGAAGAAAACCAAAUGGCCGACCUCUAACGGAACGGCGAAAGACGAGAUCCGAAAACGCAGACUCCCAUCGGACGACGAGAGUAACUCGCGUUCCGGCUCACCUGCUAUGGCGCUUACAAGGGAGGAGAAGCGGCAACGCAGACUCGAGGCUGAAAUGCGGCGCUCGUAUUCCGCUAAGCGCUCUUCAACUACGGCGGGCUACAGAAAGGCAGGCAGACCACUGCCAGGGGGAGCCAUUGACGCCACGUCAGCCCCCUCUGCCGACUCUGGGUCUAGUGCGCAGUCAGUGAAGGAACGACUUGCAUCGUUGCCCAACACUCUCACGAAGCUCAACGUGAACAAGCGGGACACGAGGACUAUCGACGAAAUUCUCCAGGACAGAGCAAAAGCCAAGCAUAGCGUACUCGACGGUGACGAAGCUCGCGAGUUUAACGACUGGUUUGGAAAGUCCAAGAAAAUGGAACAUGUUCCCGGUAGCUCUCAGUCCUCCAGUGGCCAGGGCUCGGGUCUCGCCUCCGGGGCGGCGUCUCCGUUGCCGUCGAGCGCAAAGUCGACUUCACACCCAACGUCGAAAGCCUCAACGACUUCAAAGGUGGCCACUGUGCCCUCUGCUGGCAAAUCUGCCUCGUCCGGAGCUCAGCCUAGAGCUGUUAUCCCCGCAAAGACGGGUGUAUCCGCUGCUAAGUCGGCGAGGGAUGAUAUUAGGGGUGCAUCCUCUCCUGGGGCAAAGCCUGCCCAUUUGAAAGGGUCUUCGACGUCGAUAAAGCCACAGCCACCGAAGUCAAUGUCGGCCUCGAGGCCUGUCACUGCUCCCGUACUGCCAAAGAAGCGGGCGCAAUCUUCGUCGCGUUCAGCGUCCCCUCCGCCCAAGCGGCGUGCAGAGUCACCUGCUGAUGCUAUCCGUUCUGAAAUAUGGAAACUAUUCGGAAGGGACCGGGCUGCUUAUGUGACAAGGGACAUUGACAGUGACGAUGAUGAUAUGGAAGCAGAUGCAAGUGCUGUCAUGAAGGAGGAGCUAAGAAGUUCCCGCCUCGCUAAACGUGAGGAUGACGUUGCCUUGCUAGAAGAGAAACGCCACGAAGAAGAGAAACGCAGGAGGAAGCGCGAGAAGGAGUUGAGAGAGAAACGCGCCUAG